AUGAUCUCCAUCUCAGCCUUCCACAUAGCGCACCGACUUGACAUUAGUCAGGUCCAGCUACAGCCAGAUCAUAGUGAGGUGCUGCGUAUAGCACUCCUCAACAAACAGAAGGCGUUAAGAUAUCUCAAGCAUGAGCUACAAGUUCAACCUGAGACUAACACCGAUGCAGUCAUCGCCGCGGUGUUGCUGUUUGUCAAUCUUGAUGUAGUGGAGUUCGGCGGUCGAGGUUGGAAGUAUCACCUACGGGGAGCUGAAGAGCUCAUCAGAAUUCGGAAAGGGCUCGUGAUAGAUAAUUCAGAAACUUGGAUGCAGUAUUUUGAUACUGCUUGCACGACGUUCGGUAUACUCGGCAAUACCCUUGUUCCGUCACAGUCACUACGUGUGGCACCAAUGCCUUUGGACACUGGCUUACUAGACACACUUCGGAGAUCCGAGCAACAGACAUGGAUCGGUUGUCCGGCAGACCUCCUCUCUUUACUGCACGUCAUGAGUACGCUACGUACUGUAUCGGAUCAUUCCAGCCACGCGGAUGAAACCGCCACUUCAAUUCUCGAUGGCUUGGACAAUUUCUCGCCGCGAUCCUGGGCGCAUGACUUUGCAGAUCCUCAGCAUCAUGAGUCAAGACAUCAUCUCGCCCACGCAUACAAAGCAGCGGUCAGCAUCUACGCCUAUCACGCCAUCAGGGAAACACUUGGCCAACCACCAUUACCUGAGUUGGAUAUUUCUAGAAUCUCAAAACUUGGCAUAUUACACAUGUCUCAGAUACCAGCAAGCGACUUCCAUAUCAAAAGCCUGGUAUGGCCUGCUUUUGUUCUGGGCGCUGAAGCUCAAGAUUUGCGUACGAGGGAAGAAGUCAAGAACAUUAUGCACAAUAUCUGGGUAUCCUCAUGCUGCUACAAUGUCAAGACUGCUACAGGGAUGCUUUGCAGAAUUUGGGAGCAGGGACAAGAUGAUGGUAAGGAUAAAUACAGUUGGUUGAGAUUUAUCUGGGAGCAAGACGAAAGCUGGUUAUUUCUUUGA